CAGCCUCGAAAUAAUUUUAUCUCAUUGAAAAUGAAGAGCUUAAAUGUUUUGUUAAAUUACUUGGUCCUGAACUUGGAACUCCUCCCACCCUUUACUGUAACAGUGAUCCCCCCAAUACUUUUGUUUUCUCUUCUCAGUCCUUCUUGUUCAAAGAUUGUUCAUAAGUUGAAUUGAGGAUUUGUAGAGGGCAAAUUGCCUAUUGAUUCAGAGUUAGACGAUGACCUACCUGAGAUUAUUUAUAGUCGUUGGAUUUUUCCUGUUGAUUUCUGAAUAAGUUGGUGUAUAGCAGUGUAUAAUAUCUGUUUGGUAUGAUAAAUUAAGGUAAGAAGCUGGUGAAUUUACAAGCUGACCCGAUUAACAGCACGUUAUCCCCCUCCCCCAAUCUACCCCCUCUCGUUUCCCCCUAUUCUGUGGGACAGAUUGACUGGAAGCUCUCUGGAAGAGGAAGUGAAGAAGUGCCUGAAGGUUAUUGAUUAGGUGGGUCUGUGCAGUAUUGAUGACCUAGAUUCACUGCUGGUCUACAGAUAAGAGAUUGUACCACUGACACGGAAGGUCACCGGCCUGUCCUCAGUUUAACCCAGCAUCAGAUCUAGUCGACCAUGCCUCAAUGAUCCAGUCAGCUUUAUAAAAAUUGAGAGUGAAUUCUGCCAGAACUUGAGAACCCCUGAGUGCCUUCAGUCACAUAUUCCUGUCAAAGAAAUCUCACGUCAAAGUCGGGCUACGUAUUGAUUUUGUGAAACUCCAUUUGUGUCAUGCACCUUAAAAGGAUAUGGCUCCUUUUUGUGUAGUGACGUAGUAGUCGUGAUAUAAAUAAAUGGAUGUGUAAAUUUUCCCACUAUUAACAUUCCGCUCUGUCAAGACGAAACACCGGUGAGAGAUGACAGACAUAGAGCAGGAUAAUGGUUGGUUGUACCACAUCACAGAACAGCUCGGGGACAAGAAUCGGAGGGAGGGGCUGGCCGUCCACUAUCUGAAGGAGUCCUUGGCCUCUGACAACUCCAACGGACAGACCUGGUAUCUCCUCGGAAGGUGUUUCUCUACUCUGGGAAAAGUUCAUGAUGCCUUCGUGUCUUACCGGAAUUCCAUUGACAAAUCCGAAGCCAGUGCUGACACCUGGUGCUCUAUAGGAGUACUGUACCAGCAACAGAACCAGCCUAUGGAUGCGCUUCAGGCCUAUAUCUGCGCCGUACAGUUGGACAAGACUCACACCGCUGCCUGGACUGACUUAGGAAUUCUCUACGAGAACUGCGAACAGCCAAAAGACGCCCUGACCUGCUACAUCAAUGCGACACGUAACAAAGGAGGAAUCAGUUCAAGUCUGACCACAAAAAUCAAGUACCUCCAGCAACAUUCAGACAGUGUUGCUGUCCAGCACCUUCAGAGCAAGCAGAAGAAGUUACCGAGCAUCGAGGAAGCUUGGGCCCUCCCGAUUCCUGCUGAGCUGACCUCACGACAGGGAACUAUCUCACAGCACCCAAUGGGAAAGAAUGCCAUGCUCCAUUCUCAGCCAAUGGGAGUUCAGCAAACUACUUUGGCACCGGGCAGUGCUGGAGUCAUGCUUCCAGAUGACCCCCUGAACAAGAAGAAGGCUCUCAAAAGGCCCUCCUCUGAGCCCCUGGAGUUACCUGCCCCUCCCCCUCUGUCUCCACAACAGCUGCAGCUUCUCCAUCAACUACAGCAAAAUGAAGCUAGCCUGAGUCCCACCCAGAGACAGCAGCUGCAGGGUCUGCACCACCAGAUGAUGAGGUACCAGCAGUACCAGAUAAAGGUCCACCAACAGCGGGCCGCAGAACAAGGUCAGAGGUCAGCAGACAUGCUCAAUGGCAUGCCCCUGCCCACACCCAUCACAUCAUCAGGACUUUUACCUCAUGCCAACAUUCCAGAUAAUGCCACUCAAUCUCAGGGAGACACAGGAACCCCUCUGGCUUCUUCAGUCCCGUCCGAGAGCUCCUCGGAGGCUGGUCUACCCAAGGAUCUCCAGAAGUUUGUCACUGAUCAUUUAAACGAGACUGACUUGUCUGCAUUGUUGAACUCGUCUAGACAUGAUCUAGCUACCUCGAUUGCAGAAGACCUGCUGGCACAGUUUACACAGAGCCAGAGCACUAGUGUAAAGAAAGAGCCAUCUGCAUUAAAUUCUCAACAAUCAUCUGAAUCUAGUCAACAAGAAAACACACCCAUCUCUCACGACUCUGUGAAAAACCCUAGUCCCGGUAAACAUUCCUCAGGCUCCCCCAGGGAGCCGCGAAUUGACCCCACUCAGGUGGAGUACAGAGUGAAAUGUGACAGCGAUACGAAGCUUGUGAUAUCCCGUAAUGUCCCCCGAAGUCACUCCCCUCCCCCCGCACCCUUCAACAUCUCAAUCAACAUGAAGGGCAGGGAGGUCCUGGCCGCUUGUAAGGGAUAUGGGAAAGGAGGAAUAACAACCAGUAUGCUGGGAGACAGGUGCCCUCCCAGGCCCCCCUCCCCUCCUUACCCCCUUCCCAAGGACAGUCUGAACCCCCCUACACCAAGUGUUUAUCUCGAAACCAAAAAAGAUGCUUUUUCCAUAGAACUUCAGCAGUACUGUUACUCUCAGCCGGUGGUGGUGAUUAGGGGACUUGCUGGAGCCCUCAAAUUAGAUCUCGGGUUGUUUUCCACAAAGAGUUUAGUAGAGGCCAAUGCUGACCAUGCUGUAGAAGUUCGCACUCAGAGACAACAAGCUCCGGACGAAAACCGUGAUUUGUACGGGAACCGACUGUGGCGCUGUGACAGCAGCCGGGGACGAACGACCAUCGCUAGAUAUGCCCAGUAUCAGGCUUCCUCCUUCCAGGAGUCCCUCAGGGAGGAGAAUGAGAAAGCUAAAGGCCUACACAAAGACUCAGACAGUGACUCCAACUCAUCCUCAGGAGCCAAGGGAAGAAAGAAGAAAACAAUCAAAUUUGGCACAAAUGUAGAUUUAUCUGAUGAGAAGAAGUGGAAGCCCCAGCUGCAGGAACUGACAAAGUUACCAGCAUUCACCAAAGUUGUCUCCGCUAGCAAUCUCCUCAGUCAUGUUGGCAACACUAUCCUUGGGAUGAACACAGUCCAGCUGUACAUGAAGGUCCCAGGGUCAAGGACACCAGGUCACCAAGAAAACAAUAACUUUUGUUCUGUGAACAUAAACAUUGGGCCAGGAGACUGUGAGUGGUUUGCUGUCCCCGAGUCUUACUGGGGAGUCAUCCAUAACCUCUGUGAAAAGAACAAUGUGAACUACCUGACAGGCUCCUGGUGGCCCAUGCUCGAGGACCUGUACGAGGAAGACGUCCCCGUGUACCGCUUCAUCCAGAAGCCGGGUGACUUGGUGUGGGUGGGGGCAGGGACUGUGCACUGGGUCCAAGCCAUUGGCUGGUGUAACAACAUUGCCUGGAAUGUGGGGCCUGUCAAUGCACGUCAGUUCCAGCUAGCCCUGGAGCGCUAUGAAUGGAACAAACUACAGAGCUACAAAUCUAUAGUUCCCAUGGUGCACCUGGGUUGGAACAUUGCCAGAAAUUUGAAUGUGUCUGAGCCGAAAUUCUUUGAACAAGUGAAGUCUUGUUUAAUGAGGUCUUUGAGACAAAUUCGUUUCACGCUGGAUUUUGUGGAAGAAUUGGGUUUAGAGGUCAAAUGGCAUGGUCGAGGUGAAAAUGAGGCUGCUCAUUACUGCAAUGAUUGUGAGGUUGAGGUGUUUGACAUUCUAUUUGUCCUGGAACAAGACAAGAAGUUCAUCGUCCACUGUCAGGACUGUGCGCGUAAGAUUCACCCCCGCCUGGAGGGGUUUGUCGUUCUGAAGCAGUACCAGACUGCCCAGCUGUGUGAAAUCUUUGACCGCUUCCAGCUGGCCCACCACGUACCAACCAGUUGAAUGUGAAUUAUUAAGUCGUUCAAAAGAAGACAAUUUAUUUUUGAACGGACACUUGAAAAAAAAAUCCACCAGAUUAAAAGGGAGAUAACUCAGCCAGUAAGGACAGAAUUCCGAUUCUAUGCAAGCCAAAACACCACCUCUAAUAGAUCUCAAUGGACAAGUCCUGCACUUCACCACAAAGCUGGGAUUAACACAAUGCUCAUUGAAGUGUCUUAUUUAUACAUUGUACAUGUUCUAUACAUUUUGAUACCAAAGGUUUAUUUAGCAAAAAGCACAUAUAUUUAUUUACAAGUGUUUUGCUUAAUUUGCCCUUGUAUAAUAUUUAAUGUGGACCUUUUCCUUAUUUCAAAGGAAUUGUCACCAUUUUACAAGGGUAAGAAAUAUCAGGUUCAAACUCCAUCACUUGUGAAUGUGUCUCAUCAUCUUAAGGCAUUGGGGACAAAAGGUGUCUCAUACUUUUUCCCUUCCCAUCAUGCAUUUCCAUCGGAUGAGCUUCACCAUGACUGACCAUUUCAUUGUGCAUUUGUUAUAAUUACUGUGCCUGAAAGAUUGAAAACAGUUUAAAAACAGUUAUAAAAGAGAAUUUUAAGUUAUCCCAAUGUACUUAUUAAUGGGAAAGAAAAGCUUGCAUAACAGUUGGGAAGUACAUGUAUAUAUAAACCAAGAUUUGAUUGGCUGACAGAAAUGUGAUACAAGUGGAUUUGUGUACAUGUUUCUGAUUGGGCAGACACUGAUAGACAGUGAGACAUUUAUGUGAUUGUGUGUAAAUGAUGAUGCUUCUGUGACUGUAUUUAUCUGAAUGAAAGAAGCUGAUGAAUUUAACUCAGGGAAAUUGAUCACAAUCCAACACAGCCCAUAGAAUGAAGGCUGUGUGUUACAUAGAGAUGUUCUAUUGUUGUUUUGAUGUAGAGUUACUUGUAUGAGAUGAUGUAUGUAACAGUAAGCGCUUGUAUUAUACCUGGAAAGUCAACCAGCAAUUAUAGCUCAAUGUUCAAUAACUUGUGGGAUGUGAAUGUUUUCAAAUAUCAUUGUGUAAGCGGAAAACAUGACGGAGGAAGACAUUCAACCCCUAUUCCUGUGUGUAUGUGUACUGACAUCAAGUUUUUUUUGCCGUUGAUUGACGUUGAAUUUGUGUGUAUCAAAUGAGAUUUAGAUCUGUGUGCUCGGCUUGAUGAAGCGCUGAUUUAACUGCUGGGUCAGAUCACCUUUUUUCUUGAACAAAGGUUUGAGACCUGAAAUUUGUGAUCUCAAUUAUGAAGAUGUACACUGCAUUCAGAUUUUCAUGACUGCAAAAGAUUAUGUUGUAUUUGCAUACGCACAUUUUUUUUUUUUACAUUGAUUAAAGAGAUGGUAUGCUAUAAGAUUUGUUUGUUUAGAGUAUUUUAUAUUUAGAUAUUGUUUUCUCACUCAUGUUGCUGUGCAUAUUUCCCUCCCUCUUUUUAAGUUAUAAUCAUUCACUGUUACAAAUCUUAGUGCUGACUCAUUAAUAGAUUUAAAAGAUCAUGAAGAUACAUCUUUGAUAUAUAUAUAUGUUUUACCCUUUUUGUAAAUAAGUAUGAAAGCUAGACUGCAUGAUUGACUGAAUUCUUUUUUUUUUUUAUUAUUACUUAGAAAAAUAGCCACUGGUUAGUUUAACUUUUGUACUCUAUUAAUUUUACAACACUGCAGUUUUGUGACUGGUGUGGUAUUGUAAGAAAUGUUAAUGAUUGUGAUUUUCUCUUUCUUGUUAAUACUGUGAAGGAAAUAGUACGGUAAUUUCCUGCCUCGUUUUUAUGUUAAGGUCUGCGUAUUUCAGCUCUUUGUAGUACUUUCUUAAGCUCAGAUUGUAAAUAUUUUGCAACCUAAUUAUCUUUUUGUGCUUAAGGUACUGUAUAGAUGACAAAUUAAUGUUGAAAUCCCUAUUCUGAUGGUCUGCGCUACCAUCUUGUCACAUUUACUGGUUUGUAUCCUUAUUUAUUGGAGACUUGGGUUAACGUCAAGUGCUAACCAAUGCAAUUUCUGUGUCAUUUAACUUACCUCAUGGAGCCUUUUCUUAAAAUUUCCUCUUUUUCUUCAUUUGGUGAUUUUGAGAGUCUGUAAAAAAUAUAUUUAUUGUGUUUCAAUAAAACACUAUAAAACUUAG